UGUAACUUGUACAUUAAUGUUUGUAAGUUCUACCCAUACAAAACAGACAUUUAAUCUGUUCCCUGAUUUUCACGACCUUUCCAAAAUUCGUCACCCCGUCAUAUCUGAUCAGAUCUUUAAGAUACGGACCCUUGUCUCCUCGGUGGUAUAAUUCAAAAAGCAAUGUUACCAUUCACGGCAGAGAGAGGAACGAAGAAGGAUAGCUGAUUCAAUUUCAAUUUCGGUGUGACGAUAGAUAGUGGUUCCAGUUCCUUAAGUCUCGGUUAAAUCAAGAAGUGAACUUUAUUUAAAGUAAGAAACACUUCAGGAGGGAAAGCGUAAAUGAAUUAAUGAAGCACCUCCCAUAAAUCGACUGGAGGCAAGCUGCAAGUGGAGAACACUUGUCAAAGUUGGAGGUCAACUAAGUCCACUUGAAGAGAGUGACCGCAAAGUCAACCAAAAUUCAAAAGAUUCAUUUAAAGGACGGUAUACACGUGUGUGAAAAGAUAUAUACAGGGUUAGACUGAAUGAGUGACUGAAGAAGGUCGGUCGUACUCAUCGUCAGCACCAUCAUCAUCAUCAACAGCAUCUCAGACAAUGACUAGAAAAAACACAGGAACUUGGUAUAUCUUAUUUAUUUUGACAGCGUCCUGUUUGUUACUACGAGAGCUCAGCCCAGUGGCGUGCUACGACCUGAUAUCCGGACCGCUAGCUCCAUGUACGGAGCGCUUCUGCCAGCCCCCAGCUUGUCGCUGCCCGAGUCCUAACCCGCCAAAUAAUUUAAACCCCAGCGCUGUGCCUCAGAUGGUCAUAGUUUCAUUUGAUCUCGCCGUUACCGCGUACGUUGCCAGCUUCUUCGAACAAUUAUUCCCCAUCGACAUUAUCAAUCCCAACGGAUGCCCCAUCGCAGCUACAUUUUUCGUACCGGAUCAGGAAAGGACGGAUUACAACGAUGUCCGGCAGCUAUACGCGCGGGGCCACGAGAUCGCAAGUAACAGCCAGAGCAGACGACAGCCCCCUCUGUGGUGGAACAGCGCCUCCUACUUGGACUACGUUUACGAAAUCUACGGACAGAGAAUCAACUUGGAAACAGGAACAUAUAUACCCGAGGGUAAAAUAACUGGCAUGCGAGUGCCAUAUUUGCAGCCGGGAGGAAAUAACAUGUACAGAAUGCUGCGAGACUAUAAUUUCACCUACGAUUCCUCCAUGGUAACGGGACCGACGUCGGCACACAAUUACGCAGUUUUCCCACCUUUCUAUCCAUUCACAUUAGAUAUCCCGCCAAAUAAUACACUCUGUGAUAUCUACCCUUCAAACUGCCCAAACUCAUCUUACCCAGGACUUUGGGAAAUUCCAAUUAAUCGAAUGUACGGCACAGACGGUCAAGGGUGCGCCAUGAUGGACGAUUGCAAAGUGACCACCUCAGACGAUACUUUCAAUGUCUUGCUGGCUCAGUUUUUCUCGGAAUAUUACAACAGAAAGCGCGCUCCAUACGGGCUUUAUUUCCAAGGAAAGUGGCUGGAAAAUAACCAAGCUUUUGAUGGACUAAAACGUUUUAUUCGAUACAUUAACAAAAUGGAUGACGUCUUCUUUGUCACCGGUAGCCAGGUUAUUGACUGGAUGAAACAACCGACGCCUCUGUCACAAAUUAACAGCUUUGCGCCAUGGCGGAGUAAUAGUGGUCUCUGUGGAGAAAAGAAGUAAUUUGAGCCAUAUCGUAUUAUAUUCAUUACUUGUUCAGUGAAACAAAUUGUUAUUUUCUACUAUAGAUAUAUAUUUUCUGUAAAUAACAGUAGUUUUAUGAAAUACACGGACUCGACUCAUGUACAAAUUCUGGUUACAUCUAAGUGUGAUAAGGUUAACACAAAUAUUUUUUUACAAAACUGUCAUUUUUAUUAAUACACUAUAUUAUAUUUUAUAUUCUUCAUUUUAUAAGGAUUCACAACUGUAGAUCUCAUUAUAGCUAAACCUUCAAAUAUCCCAGCGUAUGCUACA